AUGGGCUUCCGCCGCGCAGCAAAACUUAUCGCAGUGGCUAUCGCAGGAAUCCAGCGCGCGGAAGCGCUCCAACCGCGCCAUCACAAUGCGCCUACAUGUGCCUUCCAUAGAGCAUCAGAGGCUUUUCUCCUCCCUACGGGUGUAGGCUCGAGAACUGUCGUGCAAAACAGGCGCCCUGUCGCACGAUUCGCUCUAGACACGGACCAAGACAAGGAAGGUGAAGAAGCGCAAUGCAACACAGCCAGCGAGCACGGCAGGGUACACGAUGACCGGGAGGAUCACACCACCAUUCACGAGGAGUACGAACGCAAAAGCAUUGAGUAUAUCGACAAACAAAUGCUACAACAGUCGGCGGAGCAAACAGCAGACAAUGGAGAAGCUGGAGAACAGGGGGCUGAUAAGGAGAAAUACUUCAACUGGGACAGAGUGAGGGAUAACAGGAAUAUGACCAGCGAUGAAGUGGUGAAGUCGGUGGACUCUACAGGGAUACGGGAACUGGAGAAAGGGCAGCGACCGAUGCUGUCUGGAAGCGGCACAGACAUGCGGCUCAACAUCGAAGAAUUCCCGACAAACGUUGAUACGGGGCGUCUAAACGAGUGGGUGCCGAGCUGGCAACCGGGGGAGAAAGUGAUGUCCUUCUUUCCAAUACUCAUCGAUCAGUACUCGCUGCUGCCGUCGCCGCUACAGCUGGGAUUCGAGGACCCUGUUGUCUUCAGGGGGAAAUAUGUGGACAUGACGUUCAACUCUCUGAUAGAUGACGUCACCAUGCCCGACGGUAGCACCAAGCAGAUAUACGGCAUGUGUUUUAUUAAUCCCAACUCCGGCCAGCUGGCGCCCCUUGCCGUAUACGCGGAACUCCUGUCGAGGGAGGCGUUCGUAGACGGAGGCGGAGAAAGGCUCAAGGUCAAAGGCAGAGUGCUUGGAAGGGUGCUGCUGCAUCAGGUGGUGAUGGAGGAGCCCUUCAUCAAAGCCAAAAUCAUUCCAAUAGAGGACGACCCCAAGUUCACCGAAUUAGAUGAGGUGCCGAAGCUGGUAGACGAAAUAACAAGCUUGCACGAUAUGUGCAACAAGGUGGAAUGCGAAAUGAUGGAGCUUCUGGGACAGCACUACGCCGUGGCACGCAUCAAAAGCAGGCCGGAACUUCACGAUCUCAUCGACGAGAGACUGGACCACUUCAACAUUGACCUCGCCACGGGGCCGCAGGCAUUCGCUCAAAUCGCAGCAUACACGGCAUUUGAUUAUCACCUCACGGCCGACGAACGUUACGAUGCUCUCACAAUGCAAAACUCGUUAGACAGGCUCCGGUACGUUAGGGACAGCCUCAGGUCUAAACUCAAGCAACUCAACAUUCUCAAAAAGGCACCCAGAGACAGACUGGAAGAGAUACUCGAGCAGAUGAAACAGAUGCAGCUCAAUCGGGAAGAGGCAGCUGCCGAAGUUGCCAAAGAAGGCGACCAAAAGGGCGAUGAGUAG